CUGUCAACUAAAAAAAGGAACCGGCGAGCCAUAUCACGUGUUAAUUACAUAAGGUGCGCCCUGGCUUGGCACUAAUCUUAUCUAAUCUAAUCAAUCUUGGCAGUUUUCUUCCCACAAACUGAAACUUGACAACGUCUGAUCAUGGUGGACGUACAUGGUGUAUCAAUGUGAUACAAUAUCUUGGUCCUUUAUUGAGUGCAUUUCAUGAUACAUUAAUCGCACCCCGUUGGUGGAGCACAUGGUGAUCAACAUGCACACCGCGGAGACUUUUUCGGAGCGUUAUGCAGCCCCUCGCAUCCCGGUCUUUGAUGAUGUCAGACAACAAUUGGUUUCGAAGCACCUUGAGGGCAUAAACGCCAUAAUACCUAAAAUGUUCGACAGAAACCGAGCAAUAGUGUUGUGAAUGUCUCGUUACCCAUCAGAUAUUAUUGUGCUGACAUGGAUCAGCUCAUGGAAAAGUUGGCGUCAGUUGUGGGUGAUUUUGAACCUCUCAGGUGCAGGGUACACAAGGUUGGAGCCGCACUUUAUGCUCAAAAGCCCCAUAAUCUCAGCCAUCUGGUCGAGAAUAAAACAACCAAGAGAAUUAAAAAUAGUGCUCGGAGACAAUUUGAAAAUGUCUCCGGGGUAAUUGAUGGAUGUUGAAAUGGAUGAGUCUGAGGUAUAAAAGGACCUUGAAGCAUCGCUGUGCCCUGAACUUUUCUCAAGGCAUCAGACAUCCCCUAGCCAAAUACCCUCGUCACAGAGCAUUCAAUACCUGGUAUUCAGCCUUUAUCAACAUUGCCUUAGCAAUCAAUCAUGAGUGGAUACAAUCACCAUCACCACCACCACCAUCAUCACCACAGCCACGGGCAUGGCCCCAGCCAUACCCAGGUCAAUGGAGAAUACUGGAGGUACGGCCCCAUUCCCCCUCCAGUAGGUGCUGCCAGGACGCUGAGAAAUCUUUAGUUCCGCUGCUUCGACUGUGUUUGACACUGAAUGGGUCAUCUCCUGCCAAAAGCAGAUCCGCGAGCACCUCCAGGAGAACCUGUCCUGGUUCGAUGCUCAUCCCCCAACCGAUGGUCAGUUGAAAGGUAAAAUGAUGGACUAUGCGUGCGGUGAAGGAUAUAUCUCACGGUUCUUCACCCCUUAUUUCUCCAAAUGCAUCGGCGUCGACGAGGCCGCCGGCAUGGUUGAAAAAUUCAACCAGACGGCUCGCCAAGAGAAACUGCCAGAGACUCAGAUAUAUGCUGUCAAGGGCAAUCUGACUGAAGCCGAAGGCACUCCCUCCAUUGCCGGAGAGGAAUUCUUCAAGUUCGACCUUAUCAUCAUCGUCCACGCGCUGCAUCACAUCGACGACCCACAGAAGCUGAUCAACAGGCUCACCGAACGUCUUAGACCAGGCGGUAUUGUUGUUGUUGCCGAUUGGGAGAAAAAAGGAAAGGACGUUCAUCCCGUAGAUAUUAAUCAUCCUGCCGCGCACACGGUGUCUCAUAGUGGGUUCACCGAGAACGAUAUGCAUGAGUUUUUCAAAAAGGCAGGCUGCAAGGAGAGCGAAUAUACGGUGCUGAAAGAGGAGAUGACCGUUCCUGAGGUCUGGGGUGGGAAAAAGACUCUAUUUUUUGCGAAGGGGAGAAAGUGAUUUCCUGUUCAUGUCUUAGACUAGAUGGUGGCUGUUUGCCUUGGUAUCUUCUAGACAUCGCUCGAAUAUAGACUGGAAUCAGUAUUUGAAUUUUUCAAGCGGAAGAAAGGAGAGAGCCGUCGACACAAGCCAAUGUGAACAUGGUCAUGUAGGUAGCUGUAGUGGUUGGACGUAUAGGUAUCUGACAAAGUGACCUGAUCAUGAACCCACACAAGUCAUGUAAAACCAGUGGAGAGUAAGCAGGUCUAGAACUGAUAUCGCAGUAAUAGUAUAGUAAAUUAUAGAGAGUCUGCCAACUCCAAGAUUCAUAUUAGCGAUAAUUAGCUUGGAUUCCAAAUAUGUUCAAGAUAAAAAUAACAAUUGAAAAGUAGAAAUCUAGACAUUUGCCCCCAUAUUUAAACGCUUGUCCGGAAACCAAGAUCAGGUAUAUCUCGAUCUUUGAGAAGAUGAUGGGGGGUGUUUGAGGACCUUUGGCAGGUUUCGCUAAGGGCAAAGUUCACCUUUAGAGGAAGCGAAGAAAUCCAAGGCUUUAUACAAGGCUUCGUACGGAUGGGAGAAUCACAUUAGUAGCAUGCA